CUAUUCUCCCCCUCUCUAUCUAAUCUUCCUUGGUCAACAAGCUUCAAACACAACACUCAAAAUAAUGCCACUUCCAUCUAUCAUCCUCUCCCUGCUGGUGAUCUUCUCAACUAUCUCUUGUACACACUCCAAAGAAGCUCGACUUAGUGUUUUCCCAAAAAAACUAAGGUACACAUUUGAUGGGGAGAAAUUGCACGACAACUUUGCGGACUUGGGUAUCGAAAUUUUCUUCUUUGAACAAACCCUUGACCACUUCACCUACACUCCGGGAAGUUACAAGAAGUUCCGACAAAGAUAUGCCGUCAAUUCCAAGUAUUGGGAAGGUGGAAAAUCCAAUGCACCUAUCCUAGCUUAUCUUGGAGCAGAAUCUUCUUUGGACUAUGAUUUGAGAGGUCUUGGCUUCCUCAAAGAUAAUGCUCCUCAUUUCAAAGCCCUCAUGGUCUACAUAGAGCAUAGGUUUUACGGAGAAACUAUGCCAUUUGGGUCGGCGGAUGAAGCUUUGAAGAACGCCAAAACCUUGGGAUAUUUAAACGCCGCUCAAGCCCUUGCCGAUUAUGCUGGAAUUCUUCUGCACAUUAAGGAGGCAUACUCAGCUAAACACAGUCCGGUAAUAGUUAUUGGAGGGUCCUAUGGCGGAACUCAAUACAACAACAAUCCGGAUUCGGUUGCCAGCUUGUGCGAGGCUAUUAACACCAGCCCACCAAACCCUAAGAGUGAUCUACUAGACCAGAUCUUCGCAGGUGUGGUUGCUUCUAUGGGUAAUAUUUCUUGUUAUGGUAUGUCGUCGGAUCAGAUCACAAAUGACGUCAGGGCAUGGACAUGGCAGAGUUGCAGCGAAAUGGUUAUGCCCAUAGGAUAUGAGAAAGAAGAUACUAUGUUCCAACCGAAACCUUUCAAUAUGAGCAGUUUUACUAAAAACUGCGAAUCACAUUACGGUGUCUCACCUCGUCCGCAUUGGGUCACGGCAUACUUCGGUUCUCAGCGUAUUGGAGGAUAUCUCAGACACGGUUGUUGCCAUCACGACAAGAGAGGGCUCUCAUUGUCAGGACAUUGUCUUGAAGAGCAAGGAGGACCCGGAGUGGCUGGUGAUGCAAAGAGAGAAAGAAGUUAAAGUAAUUGAUUCUUGGAUUUCAACUUAUCAAAAAGAUCUUAACAUAUCUAGUUAAAGUUCUUUGGUUGUAAUAUGAUAAAAAAAAACAUAUGUGAAUCAAAAUUGGCUGUAAUAUAAUUAACGUAUCGUA